UUUAUUGUUGGAGGAUGGAUGAGCUAUAUAUUGAUCAGUUGUCUUUUAGGUUAAACUAAAAAGAAAUUGGAACUGUGCUAUUUGUAUUCAUGCCACGUGCAUUGUUCAACGCCACUUCCACAUAUUGUGUAUGUGAUCUGUCUCUAAAGUUCACGAUGUUGUUAUUUAUCCCAUAGGUCCUCCUUAGUGGAAUUACUCUUGUAUAUGCUGGCAUUCACCCCACAUAUAGUACUUCUGGGAAAGUAGGAGAAAGCUGUUUAGAUGGCAUUCAGAGGCUGGCACCUAGGGUUGUGUCUAGUUCAACAACUGUUAACUCAACCAACUGCUGUCAACCCCUUAUACCAUGUGUAAUCAAGUAGUCGAUUUGGUUCUGGGUUCAAGAUCAGUCAACCCCUUAGUCAAUUAGUCAACCAAGGGAAAUAUAUUUGUGUUUUCUUUAAGAGUAUGUCGCCUCUGUUUCCACAGGUGAAGUAAAAUGUCUCACUGAAUGUAAUGACUGCGAUAUUCACCAUGGUGGGUUUUGGGCUUGCAGUAUAUAGGAAUCCUUUGUCCAGGGAAGUAUUCUCUGUUGCUUUUAAAAAGUUCCAGUUCCGCUGGUCCAGUGAAGGAGCCAGAGGGAGAGAGGCUUGCCCACCUUGCAGUUGUCACAACAGAUGCCUUUGGAGGAACACUGGGCCCCAGGAACUUUCCGAAUGCACUGUAUGUGUGACGCACUUAUGCGUAGUGGGUGUGGAGUCAGGCGCAGGUGGCAGAAGGUACAGAACAAUGCGUUAAUCUCCGGCACAGAGAAAAUAGUACACGCCAAUACAGGGCGCAUAUAAACUCCCGGCCCAAAACCAGGACCUAAACAGUCCGGGAAAAAAAAAACUGAAACGCACUACCACACAGAAACAACAGGGGGAAAAUAAGCCCUCACAAAGAGCAGGUGGGCCUUACCGGCUUAAAUAGCCCAACUAAAAACCAAAACAAGAAACAGGUGAAACCAAUAAGACAAAACAAACAGAAAAGGGAAAAGGGAUCAGUGGCAGCUAGUAGACCGGUGACGACGACCGCUGAGCGCCGCCCGAACAGGCAGAGGAGCCACCUUUGGUGCGAGUCGUGACAGUAUGUCCAAGCAUACACCAUACAAACUGGUCAAAUACCCCUGCAAAGAGGAUCACCCCUACUCCAAUUUCUACUGAGACACUGUGCUCAUGAUCAAUGGCAUGCUGGGCAUUCUGAUUGGUUUCUUGGUGCUGGAGAUGCUGAUCAGUGUGAUGGUUAUCACGUAUGGGCUGUGCACCAUGGGUACCGACCACCCAGAGAGCAUAACAGGUCAUUUUACAGAGACUCUUGAUGAUGAGGUGGAGGUGAAGUGUUCUUUGGAGAACAAUCGCUUUAUACUGUGUGACUGCGAGAAGGGGAGAGGAAUUCCUCUAAAGAGGGCAACCUUUUGCCCCUUCAAGUAUCUGUCUGUCGCAGAGGCAGCUGCAAUCCCAUUGGAUGUUCAGAGCCGCGGAGUGGAUGUGGGGGUUGCUAUUCUUCUGCAGUCAGCCAAUCAGAAGGUGUUGUUAACUCGACGGGCGGCCAGUCUCCGCAUUUUCCCCAAUGUGUGGGUUCCACCAGGUGGCCAUGUGGAACUGGAUGAGAGGCUCCUGGACGCAGGGCUGAGGGAGCUGAGGGAGGAGACAGGACUGAAGCUGGACCCUGGAGACGUCUCAGCUCAGCUGCUGGGGCUCUGGGAGUCAGUUUUCCCACCCAUGCUGAGCAGAGGGAUGCCGCAGAGGCACCAUGUGGUCACUUACAUGCUCCUAAACACCUCCCUCACACACCAGCAGCUCCAGGCCUCUCUGCACCCCAAGCCUGCUGAGGUCAGUGGUUGUCUGUGGGUGGACGCCUCGCUGGUCAAGGCCAUCGUGUCCGCCGUGGACGGAGAGGAGGGUUCUGUGACUCCGUUGGAGGGCCUGGCUACAACCAUAAGCGGAGAGGAUGUGGAGCGGGUCAGCACUGGUACCAAAUAUGCCCUGGAGCUCUGGCUUAAGAACCUGGAGGGACAGGGGACCCGAUGUUAACUGUCUUCACUAAACCUGGACGUCUAGCCCUGUGAUGAAGUGACUUCCUGGAGGAUGACAUCACUUCCGGGAGUUUGCCUUAACCGGUGAAGGUCACCUAAAGUGAACUAUCAUCUUUCAAAAAAUCUUGUACGUAUUAACCAAUAAUGAACUUUGGGUGAUCUGUCCCUUUAAUAUCUACAGCAACACCUACAAGUCUUAAUAUGGCUGUUUGAGGGCUUUGCAUGAGCUAUCAAUGUUGUGCGUAAGAACAGUUUUUAUUGCAAGGGUGUUGUUGUUAGUGAUGAAAUGUUAUGAACAAAGUGGAUUUAUACUGCAGAUGCUUUUAUGAUCAUUAUAUUCCAUUUGCGCCUUCGAGCCACAAGAUGGCAAUGCAUAGCCUACACAGUGAUUUCACAUUUGGAAACAUGCGCAAAACAAUCAGAAUUCUGAUUUAAGUUUACAUAAUUAUCUUGACUUGUAAAUCAUGUGUUCUUAACUGACUCGCCUGAUUAAAUAAAAAUGUAUAAAAAUAUUUAC